AUGUCUGUCGAUUCAACUAUUCUUAACAUCUCACAAGGUGAUAACAUCUGGGAUGCAAACAAAUUUAGAGAAAAUUUAGAAAUUAACAUUUCUAAAGUAGGUGAAAGAGAAACAAACUUAGAUUUGAUUAAUGUCGAUACUUCAAUUGCAAAUGCAUUACGUAGAAUUAUGAUUUCUGAAGUACCAUCCGUUGCAGCAGAAUACAUCUAUAUUUUAAAUAAUACUUCAGUUAUCCAAGAUGAAGUUAUCGCUCAAAGAAUUGGUUUAAUCCCAUUAAAGGUAGACCCUGAUAGAUUGACUUGGUUAAAUAAUGACCUACCAGAAGAUGAAAAAUUUACUGAUGAAAACACUAUUGUCUUAUCUCUAAAUGUCAAAUGUACAAGAAAUUUAGAUGCUCCAAAGGACUGUACUGAUCCAAGCAUAUUAUAUCACAAUGCACACAUAUAUGCCCGUGAUUUGAAAUUCGAACCACAAGGCAAACAAGAAGAAACAUUUGCUGACAGCCCUGUUGUCUCUGCUGAUCCAGAUAUUUUAAUAGCAAAAUUGAGACCAGGUCAGGAAAUUUCUUUAAGAGCUCAUUGUAUAUUAGGUAUUGGUGCUGAUCAUGCCAAAUUCUCCCCAGUUUGUACAGCCUCAUAUAGAUUAAUGCCAAAAAUCAUCAUCACAGAAAAAAUUAAAGGUGAAUCUGCUAAGAGAUUCCAAAAAUGUUUCCCUCCAGGUGUAAUUGACAUUAACGAAAACGAUGAAGCAUAUGUUAAAGAUGCUAGAAAGGAUACAAUGACGAGAGAAGUAUUGAGACAUGAGGAAUUCCAGGAUAAAGUAAAACUUGAUAGAGUUAGAAACCAUUUCAUCUUUAAUAUAGAGACUGUCGGUGCUAUGUCAGCGGAAGAAAUUUUCUUAAAAUCAGUUAAAAUCUUGAAGAAUAAAGCUGAAUAUUUGAAAAACUCACCAAUUAGUCAAUAA